UCGCGGAGCUCCCCCUCCAACGCCCCAGGUACCCCGCGGGGGCUCGAGAUCGCAGCUGUUUGGCUUUAACUGUCCGUGGACGCUGCGGUCCAGGAGAAUCCAGUGAACCGGCCUGUGGGUCUGCCAACAAGGCAGGGUCCAGGAGGAAGGGGCGGGGCGUGGGAGCAGCCUCCCCGCUCGCCCCAGCAUGUGGCUCCCGCUGCCCCUGCUCCUGCUGCUGCCCUGGGCUGCCGUGCGCCCCGUCGGGGCGAUCCCGCUCCGCGAAGCCGAGCUGGAGGGCUCCCCGGGUUUCCUCGGCCUCCAAAGCCUGUUCCAGACCUUCACUCGGCUUUUCCUGAAAACCCUUCCAAUCACCGGUAGACUUGGCAAUAUCAUCACCAGCUUUUUCGGGAGACACACCGAACGGGCCAGUCUUGGGGGCCAGGGCAGACGUGGCGCCGACUUCCCCACCAGUGCAUCGCAGGAUGAUCUGCUCCGAGGCAUAGGCAGCUUCUUCUCAACCCCCAUGGACUUCCGGAGCCUCCCAAAGAACUACCACCAGGAAGAGGACCAGGAGCGCAGGCUGGGGAACAGGACCGUGUCCAGCCACCUCCAGAUAGACAAGGUGACUGACAACAAGACAGGAGAGGUACUCAUCUCUCAGAAGGUGGUGGCGUCCCUGGAGCCGGCCGAGGGGAAAGGGGAAGUUGCCUGGAAGGUACCCAGGAUAGAAGAGAGGGAGGUGCUGGUCCCGGAGCCCAAGGACGAGGACACGUCCCGGCGGGAGCUGCGCCCAAGGGUGGCCUUCUGGAUCAUGAAGCUGCCGCGGCGGAGGGCCCGGCCCGAGGCCCAGGAGGGCGGCUCGUGGCUGAGUGACAGGCGGCACCGGCUGCAGGCCAUCCGGGACGGGCUCCGCGAGGGCACCCGCGAGGACCUGGAGGAGGGCGCCCAGGGCUCCCCGCGGGCCAGGCUGCCUGUGCGCAAGGCCCGCUUCCUCUACAUCUUCAGGCCCUCCCAGCAGCUGUAGGGAAACUGACCCCAGCCCCCAGUGGAAAUAAAGUGCUUUCUUA